AUGAAGUUCCUCAUUACCACUCUCUCCACCACUCUCCUCUUUACCUCGCUUUCCUUGGUCAGCGCCGCCGAUGACCACAACCCCUUCCCACCUUCCACAACCUCCCCCGGACCCUCAUCCAAUGUCGAUGCGCUCUUACACUGUCUAGGCAAAGGCCCCUCCUCUCGAGCCGAUCGCGACCAGAUCACCUCUCUCCUCAACACCCAUUCCCAUCCCUCUAACCUAGUCGACGAAGGAUUGCUUACCCAGCUCCCCCCUCGUUCCUGGGGAUUCACCGCUCACGAUGCCCCUCAGUCCAACACUUGGUUCCUUCCCACCACUGGCGAUGUAAAGCUAAGGGAGAAAACCGAGAGACAGAGGCAGAAACUUUUGGGGUGCGUGAAGAAGGUCUAUGCUGCUAAUGAAAACGGAGGUGAGAGCAGGGUUCUGCCGGAUAUGUGGGGUGGGAGCGGGUUUCGAAUGAUUAAGCAAGGACAAGGGUGGAAUGGGGGUGAGGGGAUGAUGCGACCUUCUAUGGCGGAGCGGGUUGUGGCGAAGAAUAGUCCGGAAAGUGUGACUCCUGCUAGAGAUGCGAUCAGUGGUGGCGGUGGUGCGUUGGGUGGUAGGAGUGGAAAUGGGGACCCGGGUGCUCAGAAGGCUGGUGAUGAACAGAACCUUGCUGCUAGUAGUGAUCCAAGCAAGACGGUUCCUGGAAGGGAUGGAAAGCCAGUUGAUGAUCGUUUGUCGACGCAGGCACUGACUACUGACCGUCAGAAAGCUCCGACUACAGCCGAUCCGACCACUGAUGGCGACAAGCUGCUUUCCACUGAUCCGAAAGCGACUUCUGCUGAUGUGAAGGCUACCAAAUUGCCUCCUGGUCUUAGUCAGGAUUCUUUUUCAGUCGCGCCCGAACUCAUUAACGACCCACAGCAGAAGAUGAUGCCUCAACCUGGAACCAAUCCUGGUCUCACCGAGCCAACUCUCUCUCUCUCAAACACUAACUCCACCAACCCGGCCACCACGGACCCAGCCACCAUGGACCCAGCCACCACCGAGAAACUGCAACUGACCUCCCCAAACCCCAACCUUACUUCGGACACCAACCGCAGGUCAACAUGCAAAUCCUUCCUCAUCCGCAAAGAAUACUCUACCCUUACCCUUGCCGAAAAAACAGCUUACGCCUCGGCCCUAAAAUGCGUCCAAACCAAACCCUCUCGUUUCCGCAGCGAUUCAAACUUCAACGCAGCCGACGAUUGGACUCUUUUACACGUUCGCAUGGUCAAAUACGUCCAUUUCACAGCCUAUUUUACCGUUUUCCAUCGUGCAUUUACCGCUCUUGUCGAACAAGAUCUCGUUGCAUGCGGUCUUCCCGCUGGAAUGGGUCUGCCUUGGGUAGAUUGGACAAAAACAAGUGAUGAUCCCUCCACCAACGCCCUUUUCGAUUCCGACCCUCGCUACGGUUUGGGAACGGAUGGGUCGGGUGAUUCAGACGACUGUGCUUGGGGCAGAGGCAAAGCAGUAACUGAUGGAGCACUUUCCGAUCAUUGGUUUAACGCUCCUUUCCGCCACCGUCUAUGCCGUCAAUUCAACAAUCUAGACACUACUCAGCCCAACCCGCAUUUUGGUUCGAACUGCUCAACCUUCCUGAAUGCCAACUUCCUCUCCGGGCUGGGUAAGACACAUGGCAAAGGGAGAUUCUUUGACUUUUCAGCAGCACUAGAAAUCAGCACCCACUUGGCGAUGCAUACUUGUGUAGGCGGAAACAUGGCUUGGUUAAGCACAAGUCCAAACGAGUACGUUUUUCACAGCCAUCAUGGAUUCAUCGAUAACGUCUUCAGUACAUGGCAAAACAAGACGCCGGAGAACAGAGUUGCAUUCCAUGGUCCAAAACAACAACAGAAGGAAGGAAUGGGGAGGAAACCUUGGGAUGCGAAGAAGGAGGACGUGAUCAAUUUUCAACCCCUAGCAGAGAAUAUUGCGGCAGGGGAGUUGCUGGAUCAUGAAAGUGGCAAAUGGGGUGGUAGGUUGUGUUAUAGAUAUGACUAUGCUAUUCCUAUGUGA